AUGGAAGCACAAUUUCUCCAUGUUCAACCUCGCAGAGUGAACGCGAACAUCCUAAAGCCAAUACUCCGCGCUUAUGCCCUGGGAUAUCUUACUGUCACUGGACCUAAACUCAUAGCUUUUCUCCAUGUAAUUCGCAGAAAAGAUUUGAACAACGAAGAGAAACUCAAUCGCCUUUUUAAGAUUUUAAGCAGACCAUUUCGUUGGAACAGGUUUCCGACUUUUUGCGCCUUGCUCGUCGGAGGGUCAACUCUACUACCAGCAGUCUUUGAGCCUCUCUUCACGAGAAUCACGAGAACUUGGACUAGAGGAAAAGGCAAAGCUCGACCUGCCAUAACACAGAGUUUGUUACGCACUAUUCGCUUUCUUGCAGCCCUUUUAUCCGCGUGGAUCUGCUUUCCCAUCAUUAACUCUAAUGGUGAAGUCCCGCCAAGUGCUGCUACUUCGCGUUCGGAGGAAGAGGCUGCGAUAGCCUCAAAGGCAAAACGGAGAAACCAAAGAAAAGCUCCAGAACCCCCUGGUCUGGCCGGGAAAACACUUGACCUAAGUCUUUUUGCUGUCAUCAGAGCAACGGAUGCUGUUGCAUGCAUGGCAUGGGAACGUUGGCGAAAACGUAGAGCGGCACGAAGCAGAUGGACAUAUGCGGAGUCUAUCUCUCCUCGAUUAGCAGACGCUGGAGUCUUUGCUACAAGCUCUGCCAUAAUCAUGUGGGCGUGGUUCUAUCUACCAGAGAGAUUACCAGCCCCCUACAGCAGGUGGAUCGAAGACGCUGCGCAGAUUGAUAACCGGCUGAUCGAAGCACUCCGCUCAGCCAGACGGACCGAGUGGGAGUACGGAAAACCAUCAGAAAAUAAACCUCCAUUACAAUCCAUGUGCGAUGAUUAUAACUUACCUCGGGAAUGGGGGGAUCCAGAGAAGACAAUCCCUUUCCCCUGCGAGCUUGUGCACAUGGGCUGCGGCCCCAGCUGUGAAAAACAUGCCCUGUGGAGAUUUGUCAAAGCCUUCCGCUUCUCCUGUGCCACAUAUCUACCUAUCCAUCUCGCGUUGCGCUGGCGAUCACGGUCCGUAACCGUAUUCAUCAACGCGGUGAAAAACGCACUCCGCUCCUCUGCCUUUCUCAGUUGCUUUAUUAGUAUUUUCUACUACUCCGUUUGUCUGGCGCGAACGAGACUGGGACCUAGGUUAUUUAGCCCGAAGCUUGUCACGCCUAUGAUGUGGGACUCCGGGUUAUGUGUUGCUGCUGGAUGCAUGAUGUGCGGGUGGAGCAUUUUGGUUGAGAACGCGAAGAAGAGGCUGGAGCUUGCGCUUUUUGUGGCGCCGAGGGCUGCGGUGACGUUGUUGCCGCGAAGAUAUGAUAAGAAGGAUCAAUGGAGAGAGCAAGCCGCAUUCUCCGUGAGCACCGCAAUACUCAUAACUGCUAUCCAGGAGAGACCAGAAAUGAUCCGAGGCGUAUUUGGAAGAGUUCUGGCCCAGGUCUUCAAUCAUUAGAUCUUUUGAAAGCUUUGGUGGUUUAUUCACGACAGCCAAUUCAAUAUAUAUAACUAACUGUACUGUUUUAUUAUCAUACGAUAUCUAUCAUAUUCUGCAGUAGGGUUCCUUUAAUUGUUUUUUCUUCUGUGUAAAAUAGGGAAACGACACCUGACUUUGUUUUGAACC